GCGCGUCUCUGAAGCUGUGUUAGACAAAGUAGCGCAAAGAAACUGGAUCACUUACAUCUCAGCUUUAGCUCCGAGUACUGUUCGACUACUUUUAUUCCACCAGGGCUGUAGACUGUGGACUAACAUUUGUCACCCCCGAGGCUAUCGGCUUCCUCUCGGCUGUGGGCGUCUUCGUGGUGGUGCUGGCUGUGCUCUUCCUCUUCAUCAACAAGAAGCUGUGUUUCUCUCGCGUGGGAGGCCUACCCUGCCUGGAGCAGUACACCCGGAGAAAGCGUGCCCGGGACAAGGCCAGCAUCCACCAGGGCCUGGGCUUGAUUGCUGUGUUGGGGGGUCCAACGCUCCUUCUUGAGGUGGGAUAUUGGGAGUCGGGUCUUGCUGUGCCUCCACUGGCGUACGGUGAUGUCAUCUCCUCAGGAGAGGAAGGGCGGAGAGUCUCCGCUCUCUGUCUGGCUCUCCCAAGUCUCCGGGGCCAUUUCCGCGACCUUCCAGGGCCCCCCCAAACCGGGGCCUGCAGCGGCUCAAGUGUCCCCAGCAGACAGAGCCCAGGAUGGGGCUGACCCCACGCAGGAAGGCCUGCAGUCAGGCAGGAGCUCCAGAGCAGGUGUGUCCAGCCCGGACCUGUCCCCCAUGGACCCUCAGGAGAGACUGGAGGACCUCCGUGCCCAGCUGGGUCUGACGGAUGAGGAGAUGACAGAGGGUCUCUCUAUUGUCCCGGAGGAGAGCGAGGACCUGGAGAGCGAGCUCCUAGCCCUAGAGGAGAGCAGAGCCAGCACGAUGACAUCACACUACUCCGACGCUGAUGGACUCAGCAGGCUGAGCUAUCAGGACCCCCUGACGUACGGGGAAGAUGAGCGGCGCUCUGUCAGGUCCCAGGACAUGGAGGACGGGCUGGAGCCCAAACCUCGCAGGGCCUCUGCAGUUACAGAGGGCAGCCUGGCCCCCAGCCAGAGCAGACAGGCCACAGAGGGCAGUGUGGAGAUGGAGACUGCAGUGGACAACCAGGGCUACGACAACAACGAGGCCACGGACAGCUCCUCCACCUGGAGCCCCGAGGUACUGCUGCAAGGGGAGCACGCUACUGAGGAGCCUCUGUCCCAGCCGCCCUCCUCCCACCAUCCCAUCUCCAAGUGCGGCGACCUGGUCAUCAUCCUGGACUACCGGGUGGAGGCGCAGAAGCUGCUGGUGACGGUGGUGACGGCGCGCGACAUCCCGGAUAAGGAGCGCAGCGGGGUGGACUCCUGGCAGGUCCACGUGGUCCUCCUGCCCGCCAAGAAGCAGCGGCACAAGACCAGCGUCCAGCGGGGGCCAGCCCCGCGCUUCAGCGACACCUUCCGCUUCUCCCGCCUGGACCCGGCCGAGCUGGGCGGCUCCGCCCUGCGCUUCCGCCUCUACGCCGUGGGCAAGAUGGGCCGCGAGCGCAUGAUGGGAGAGAGGCUGUUCCACCUGAGCGGCCUCAGCCCGGACGGGGAGAUGGAGGCCACGCUGGUGCUGGAGCCUCGCAGCAACAUGAAGAGCGCAGACUCCCAGCUCAGCCUGUCGGCCGUGUCUCAGAGCGACAGCGCCUCGUCCACACAGUCUCUGUCCCACGGCGGGGUCCCUGAGCUGCUCAUCGGCCUGUCCUACAACGCCACCACCGGCCGCCUGUCCGUGGAGCUCAUCAAGGGCAGCCAUUUCCGCAACCUCGCUGUCAACAGACCGCCCGACACCUACGGCAAAAUGACUCUGCUCAACUCCGUGGGCCAGGAGAUCUCUCGCUGCAAGACCUCGGUCCGACGGGGCCAGCCCAACCCCGUCUACAAGGAGACGUUCGUGUUCCAGGUGGCGCUGUUCCAGCUGAGCGAUGUCACCCUCAUGGUCUCCAUCUACAAUCGCCGCAGCAUGAAGCGCAAGGAGAUGGUGGGCUGGGUCUCCUUGGGCCAGAACAGCAGCGGCGAGGAGGAGCAGCUCCACUGGCAGGACAUGAAGGACUCACGGGGCCAGCAGGUGUGCCGCUGGCACGUGCUGCUCGAGUCCUAAAAACCCCCAACCCCCCACCCC